CACAACAUGGGCCAGUAUCCCGACGGGUUGCGCGGCCCCUUGGUUGUGCAGGAUCCGAACGAUCCUUACAAGGGAGACUAUGACGAGGAGCACAUCUUGACUGUCUCGGAUUGGUACCACAACGACAGUAUCACCUCGGUCCGCAACAUGCUCACCCCGUCCAACACCCUCUUCCAGCCCCCGAUACCGGACAACCUCACCGUGAACGAAGGGCAGGGAUUGCAUAUCAAUUUCACCAAGGGCAAACGAUAUCGAAUCCGCAUGAUAAGCUUUGCGGCCUUCGGCGCCGCCAUGGUUCACUUCGACUCGCACACAAUGAACGUGAUCAUGAACGACGGAGCAUACAUCAAGAAACAGGACGCUUAUCAGUUGAGGCUUGCCCCUGCUCAGCGCUACGACGUCUUGCUCUCGCCUAAUGAUAGUGACGAGGGAAACUACCCCUUCCUGGUCUCUCUCGACAUUAACCGGGACUGGACCAACUCGUCCGAGAGGUUUGUGUGGCCACACAAUUACACGGGUUACCUCGUCAUGGACGAGUCCAAACCGCUCGACAGGCUCGACGUGGUGGACAAAUGGCAGCCGGUGGACGAUGCCCAAUUCCAACCCUAUGAUGGGGCCGCGGCCUACAGCACGUACCAAAAGUUGAUGAAGCUCGACUUUGCCUUCUGCUUCGACCAGAACGGCUACCCUCGCUCCUGCUUCAACAACCUGACCUACAUCAGCCAACGGGUCCCGACGCUCUACAGUGCCGCCACGACAGGCGACUCCAACACGAAUCCCGUUAUCUACGGCCAGGUCAAUCCCUUCAUCGUCGACUACGACGACACGGUCCAGAUCGUCGUUAACAACAUUGACACCGCCUCCCAUCCCUUCCAUCUGCACGGCCACCACUUCCAGGUGCUGUACCGCGCCGCGAGCGGGGCGGGCAACUGGACGGGGCGCGACGAGAACUACGCGGCCAACCCGCCCAUGCGCGACACGAUCACCGUCAUGCCCAGAUCGUACGUCGUCCUGCGCUUCCGCGCGACCAACCCGGGCGUCUGGCUGUUCCACUGCCACAUCGAGUGGCACGUCGAGAUGGGCCUGACGGCGACCGUCAUCGAGGCCCCCGACCGCCUGCGCAACAUGGCCUUCCCUGACGACCACAUUGACGCCUGUAAGAAGACUGGCACGCCGUACCAGGGAAACGCUGCCGGGAAUAUAGGGAACGCGACCGACACCACGGGCUUUAUCACGGUGCCGCCGACUACCUAUUACGGCUCGACAUACCCGCCCCCGAACACCACGUCUCAACGGAAGCGUCAUACGCCGACACAGCCAAUGCUCAGAAAAAGAGUGGUACCAUUUGCCAAGCUCGGCUGGCUAUGGCAUCAUUAGGGAACAAUUAGCUUCCUUUUGAGACCACGGCUGACGGGCGUCAAGAGCUAGGCGAGAGCCAAAAUGAAUAUGUCCGGCAUGUUUUUAACCAUUCUUCUCUCCUGACAUAAUAGCUAUAAAGGUACUUAGAUACACAUUUGUAGCUGAAUUUCCUACGCGUAGCUUGGAGCUGGCUUUUCCUGAUCUUCCAAAUCAGUAAUGCCUUGUGUCAGUUCGUUUCCUGGUUUUGUAGGUUGUUGGAUCGGUUUGGUAUUAAGGUGGUGAGGGGAAAGGGGGAAGUGGUUCCGCAUAUCUCCAGCGCAAGUUCGAGUCUUUUGUUAAGCCUCUGGGGAGUGGCAUUGUGG